AUGUGGCUCAAGUGGAGUGCUUUGCAUGAAUUCCUUGGUAUGCAUGUCAAGGAGAAGAGAUUUGUCUUCUGGGAUGACGGGGAGGGGUGGUUCAGCACCACUACUGAGGAGAACACCGCGCUGGGUUUGGUCAAUUCGUUGACCAAGAGGUGGGAGGAGACCAAAAAUCGGGUUGUGUACCUGAGUGACUUCGCCAUCACCCAGAAACAGCUGUUGGAAGCACUCGAACGCGUCGGGGGCGAGAAAUACACCACAGAAACCAUCAACAGCGCCCAGCUUAUCAAGGAGAAACAAGCUGCUGCAGCUGCUGGUAAUGGCGCUGCUGUGUAUGAUCUGAUCGAGACUGGCUUUGUUACUGGGAAAUUUGGCGGCCACCUUGAGAAGAAGGAAGAAAUUAUGAACGCUGCACUUGGUCUUCCUCCGCAUACCUUGGAUGAGGUAGUUAAGGCUACUUUAGAUGCUGUUCGGCAUUCGUAG